UUUCUCUUAUAUGGAUGCACAUAUUACAUAUCUACCACCUCUCUUCAUCCUUAAUUCCAACCAUAUAUAUAUAUAUAAACCCCAAACAAGCUUUAUAUGCAUUCUAAGCCACUUACCCAACUCAACUGCUAACUUCUACACCAAGAAAUAUUAGAUCACAUACAAUGUCAAGCAGAAGGUCGGGUUCCACUCCAAGGAUCACAGACGAGCAGAUCAUAGAACUCGUCUCCAAAUUGCAACAACUUCUUCCGGAGCUUCGCAAUCGUCGUUCCAACAAGGCAUCGGCUUCAAAGGUGUUACAGGAGACCUGCAACUACGUGAGAAGCUUGCACAAGGAGGUUGAUGACCUCAGCGAUCGUCUCUCCCAGUUAUUGUCCACCAUUGAUGACGAUAGCCCUCAAGCUUCCAUCAUUAGAAGUUUAAUUAAUUAAUUAAUUAAUUAAUUACGGAUAAAUAUAUACAUGCAUUAAUUUCCACUGCUUAUUUCCCUUAAUUAAUAUUAUCUUUAUAUUUAAUCCGUCAAUUUAUAGUUUGCUAUAAGUAAUGAUAUAUAUAUAUAUUCAUGUUUAUAACAAAAGGAUCUUGUGUCUCUUUA